GCAUUGAACGGGAUGAUUGUAAAAUCACGCGACUAUAUUUUUGUAUUUUCUGUUUUAUUAUUUUUUUGUACUUUUAUUUUCAUUAUUUGUUGUACCUCUAUUUAAAAAGUCCACUCUAUUAGCGUUCGAAGCGUUCCAGGUCUCCUGGCAAAACCCUAAAAGCCCCUAAAACCCUAUCAACAAUUUGGAGAGAAGUUGCGGCGUGCAGCAGAAAGAAGAUAAAUGGCGAAGAAUAUUGGCGAAGCGGCAGCUUCAUCUGGAGUGAGCCCCAAUAGAGUGGAGAGAGCUGUGAGUGCUCUGCUGAAAUGGAGAGAUUCUCAGUCCCAUACCCAAAAGCCCCAACUUCUUGAGCAGGAUGAAUUGCUGUAUCUCAUCGUCAGCCUAAAGAAAAUUCCUCAAAAGCCUCGCGUUAAUCCCCACAAAGUGCCUCUCCCUCACCCCCUCAUCGACCCCUUUACGGAUCCUGCCGAGCUUUGCAUGGUCAUCGAUGAUCGCCCCAAGUCAGGCCUCACCAAAGAUGCUGCGUCCAAGAAAAUCAAGUCCGACAACAUACCCAUCAGCAAGGUGGUCAAGCUUUCCAAGCUCAAGACUGAUUAUCGGCCCUUCGAGGCCAAAAGAAAGCUCUGCGAUACCUAUGACAUGUUUUUCGCGGAUAAGAGGAUUAUCCCGCUUCUCCCUCGGCUAUUGGGGAAGCAGUUUUUCAAAAAGAAGAAGAUUCCAGUGCCUGUGGACCUCAAGCACAACAACUGGAAGGAGCAGAUUCACAAGGCUUGUGCCUCUGCUAUGCUGUUCUUGAGUAGUGGAACUUGCAGCGUGGUGAAGGUGGGGAAACUUUCCAUGGGAAAAAAAGUGAUUGUUGAAAAUGUGAUAGCUGCUAUUAACGGGAUUGCAGAGAUUGUACCGAGCAAGUGGGGCAAUAUCAGGUCGUUCCAUUUAAAGUUGCUUGACAGCUUGGCCCUCCCUCUUUAUCAGACUGUGCCUGAUCUGCGUUUGAAGAUUCUGGCUGAAGCUGAUCACCCUUCUUCUAAAGAUCUCUUGGAGGAAAAACAAGCAGAAGAAGAAGAAGAAGAAGAUGCUUCUCAUCAGAAGAAGAAGAAAAACAAGGGGAGGAUACACCAAGUUCAGUACAUGGAUGAAAAUAGUAAUGACAUUAACUCUGGGGCUAACAGAAAAAGUGAAAUCAAUAGUGACAAUGUCUCCAACAAGAAAAACAAGACUGCAGUAAAAAAGUUAAGCGCCAUUGACAUCAAGGUUAGGGAUAAGAAGAAGAAGAAAACUCUAGAAGCACAAUAAUUUGUCUUAUUCAACACCACCGAGUAAACUAAGUUUUAAGUGGAAUUUUAUGGCUUCUUGUUCUUGCAGAUUAGCAAUCAUCAUUUUCUUUUGUCAUGUGGCAUUGGAUUUAGCUUUAGAUUUUGGGUGUUCUUUGUCUUUUGAUGGUCUAUGUUAUUUUAUGAAUAUUCAAACAGUUUAUGUAUCUUGAUCAUGGUGAAGUCAUACAAUGCUACUAUACUGUUUUUGGCUUUUAGCAUCUUAUCUUUGAUUGUUAAGAAUGAAAAAAAUAUUGCAAUAAGAAAUUUUUAAAUCUAAUUUUUCCAUUUC